AUGCAGCUACGUAUCCUGCUGUUUAUUUCAUCGGUGGCAAAUUUUUAUAUGAUUGUUUAUGCAAUGGACGAUUCCUUUUUCUGGAAUAAUACGUCAGUUGACUUUUACAAUGGUUUAAAGCAACAGAUUGGAAACAUACAGCAAAAGUUGAAUGAUCAAGAGAAAAAGAUUAGUGAACACGAGCAAACUAUUAAAAAGCUACCCAAAUUCUGCUAUGGUACAACAAAUUCUGAUCAAUGGUUGCCCUUCAAUCAAGGCCCAUCUGGGCUAAUGAUGUAUAUCAAUACAACUUCAUGUCACUUCAAUCAAAUGCCAACCUACUUUACCAGUCUUUCUGGUGACAGUGAACAUUGGACAACCACGGGAAUGACAUCAAUCUAUAGAGGAACAUCAACUGGCUUCACCAUAUUUCUUUAUCCAGACAUUGGACGAGAACCCAAACAAUACUCAAUGGAACGCUUAGCGAUACGAAAAUGGAAAUUAAAUUGGAUUGGUAUUGUACAAGGAGAAUAA